AAAUCUUGUUCACUAGCUAACUGUAAGAUUCUUUGUUCCUUCUGACGUUCCAUUUUGGCAUUUGCAUUUCCAAGAAAUUGUUUUUAUGAAAUUGAUCGAUUUAAAUUCCGUCAGCGAGGGUUAUCAACCAAGUGAGCUGGCAUUUUCCCAUCUCUCUUGAGGAACUCACAGAGUUUCAGCCACUCCCCAUGGAUCGACUCCAUGGCUCUGCUCGGCUUAUGGUAGUCUCCGACCUUGACUCAACCAUGGUGGACCAUGACGAUCCUGAUGACAUCUCUCUACUCAGCUUUAAUGCUCUGUGGGAAUCCUAUUACCGCCAUGAUUCUCUGCUAGUUUUCUCAACUGGAAGAUCACCCACCAGUUACAAACUGUUGAGGAAUGAGAAACCAUUGCUGACUCCUGAUGUAGCUGUCAUGUCUGUGGGAACUGAGAUUGCUUAUGGUGAAGCAUUGGUGGUGGAUGCUGGCUGGGAAGAGUAUCUGAAUCACAAGUGGGAUAGAGAAAUUAUUGUUGAAGAAACUUCCAAGUUUCCUGAGCUUACUCCCCAAUCAGAAAUAGAUCAACGACCUCACAAGGUUAGCUUUUAUGUAGAGGAGGUUAAGGCACUGGCGAUAAUUGAUGUUCUGGCAGAACGUUUGGAGAAGCUAGGGUUAGAUGUAAAGAUAAUUUAUAGCAGUGGGAUAGCUUUGGAUGUCUUGCCACGAGGCGCAGGAAAGGGACAGGCCCUUGCAUAUCUGAUGAAAAAAUUUGCACUAGAUGGAAAGUUGCCUGCCAAUACUCUUGUUUGUGGUGACUCUGGAAAUGAUGCCGAACUGUUCAGCAUUCCUGAAGUUUAUGGUGUGAUGGUCAGUAAUGCAAAGGAAGAAUUGUUGCAGUGGUAUGCAGAAAAUAUGAAGAGCAAUCCUUAUAUACUUCGAGCUACUGAUAGAUGUGCUGCAGGAAUUAUUCAAGCCAUUGGUUAUUUUGGACUAGGUACGAAUGUAUCUCCAAGAGAUAUUAAAGACUUUCAAAAAUGCAAAGCGGAAAUUAUCAAUCCUGGUCAUGAAGUUGUGAAAUUUUAUUUGUUUUAUGAAAGAUGGCGCCGUGCAGAAGUUGAAAUGGCUGGACAGCAUAUGCAGAAUAUAAAAUCAUUCUUUUAUUCCCUUGGUACUUUUGUACAUCCAUCAGGUAUCGAGCAACCUAUCCACCAGUGCAUAGAUGCAAUGGAAAGCUUGCAUGGUGACAGGCAGGGUAAACGUUUUCAAGUAUGGGUAGAUCAACUAUCAUCUGCACAGAUUGGCUCAGACACAUGGCUGGUGAAGUGCAAGAAAUGGGAGUCAUAUGGAGAAGAUAAGCAUUGCUGUCUGACAACAAUCCUAAUGAGCUCAAAGGCAGAGAUACCAAAUGAGUUCAUAUGGUUACAUAUGCAUCAAACAUGGUUGGAUGGUUUUGGAGUAAAACAACCAGAAACUUGGUUAUUAUAGAAAUUUCAGGGCUGCAGAAAUUUCAGGGUUAUGUAGAACUAACUAUGCAAUCAAAAGCUAGUGAUUGUGAAAAUUUGAUUUGAAUUUGGUUAGAUGCUGCUGGAGAAGUAUGUUCUAGUGAGAUUUGGAAGCAUUUGUUACCAUCUGAUUCAACAAAUACUAUUUAUAGCAUAGAAAAUUCGGGAGCCUCCGCCAUUUUGGGAGAUAACAGUUAUAGAGAGAAUAAGAUACUUGAAAUAUGUUUGCUGAAUAAAUUUAAGGCUCGAUGGCCACUGUGCAGGAACUUCAGUUAACGCUCAACAAAUAAUAUUUCCUGUUCCUCCAA